AUGGGGCAGGGACUAAGUGCCAAAAGUGUUAGCAACUUUGCCAUAUUUCUGUUGAUUUUGUUCGCACAAAACUGUGGCCAGGCACGCAGCCACGGGCGUGAUGGAUUAGCAAAGUUGGAGUUUAGCGGCCGGACUACCCCUGUUUUUAAUUUUGCAAAAAUAUACCAAACUUUGUGUGCGCAACUGCUGCCGGCCACGCCUCGCCGGGAGGUCAAAGGGCGUGAACUGGUGCGGGGGAAGCCCAUGUUCCAUGUUUUCGAUCAACUGCAGCAGGACUUCGAGGCGAAAUGGCGGCGCACAACUACAGUGAAGCCAUUUAGCAUUCUCCAGCACUUGGAUUGGGAGCAGGAGCAGGAGGCUCACCGCCUUAAAACCCACUCAAACGCUAGUUUUGAUAUCCUGGAAGAAUUGUACAAGGAUCAAAAGGCUUAUGAACGAAAGACCACCACCACAAAGCCUUUUCAUGUGGUGCAAAAACUUGAAAAGGACCUGAUCAAGGCGGAUAAACACACCACCACCGUUAAACCUUUUCAUAUUUUGGGUACCCUUGUGGAGGAUUUAAUAAAAAAGGAUCUGAAGGACGGCUAUCUGGCUGAGAAACCGAUAAAAUCUACGGAACCCCUAGCUGAACACAAAGCCGAGUUGAAGCCGCAAUCCCGGGCAAAAGAAAGUCAAAAGCGGAGACGGAAACGCAUUCGCCGCAGAAGAAAACGAAUUCGCCGCCGCCGGAAAAGGACUCGCCGUCGUCGCCGAAGGAGGAGGAAGAAGAAGCGAAAUAAGCGCAAGAAGAAGAAGUACAAAGGCGGUAAGAAGAAGAAGAAGAAGGGAAAGCGGAAGCGGAAGAAGCAGCAAAAGCCGGAAGACCACGAGCAGCACUCGAUUUUCCAGCCCGCUCACCUGAUCUUCGCCAAUCCCACCAAGCAACCGUAUUACCAUCACCAUCCGCACGGAUAUCCAUAUCCUCCGGCAAACCAGAUGCAGGUUCAGACUAUACCCACAGCAUUAUUGUCCGCCUUGACUACCAAGAAACCACACACGGUGACCACCACCCAUCGUCCCUUCAGCAAGAUCAAGUAUCUCCUGAGACACAACAGCAUCUUCAAGAAGAAGAAAAAGGAGUACCUCAGCCACGUUGGCCAGGUGCUGUAUCCGUUUGUUAAGUUCGUGGCCUUCUUCACAGUCCUCAACCCCUUCACCUUGGGCGUUUUCCUGUUCACCCUGAUCUCCCCAGCCGUCUUUGGAUUCCUGGGCUUCGUAGCUCUCAGUGUGCUGGUCAAGCCCUUCCUUCAUCUGGUGUUUGGGGUCAAGCGAAAUGUGAACGCCUUCGAUCGCAAGAGGUGGCUGGCCCACAAACAGGAGGAGAAGCUUAAGCUGGCCCUGCGUCCGGUGACUAUUCACAAGCACUUCUACCAGCAGGGUCCGGUCCGCUCUGCUCCGCCGGUGAAGCUUCGUCCAGUGGGUCACUGGCGCAGAGAGGGAGAUAGUCCUGAGACACAGAUGCCUCGACCAUCUCAGCGCCCACAACCAAUGCGAGCUGCAGCCGCACGACCACCUCCCAGGCACCCACCACCCAUGAAUCGUUAUAAUCCUUUGCUACCUGAACAGCACAAGGCUCUUCGCUAUGAUCAUUCGGACCAGCCUGGAAUCUUUCUGCGAUAG